AGUCGACUUCGGGAUCGGUUGUUGGGAGCCUGGGAGUUGGUGGAGUGCACAUCGGUGUCCAAUCCCCAGUCAGGCUCCCAGCACAAGGAUCAUCCUUUUGGCAGAGAGAUAUCGGGCCACUUGAUCUACAGCGAGGCGGGUUAUGUCUCCGCGCAGCUACGAAUCCCCGGCCAAGCUGAGUUCAAGUCGGUUGACUACUGGACUGCCACGCCCGAGGAGCAUUCUCAGGCGGCCCGACGGUAUUUCGCAUACUCCGGUCAAUUUUACGUGGAUGACGAUGGCGAGAAACCAACCGUUCAGCAUCGCUUUACACACUGUAUCUACCCUAACAUGAUUGGACAACUGGAAAGACGGGUUGUACAUUUUGAAGCGGACAAUGGUUGUGAAAUAUUGAGGCUCAUCCCGGAGGAGCCAAAGGUCACCCCGGAGGGCAGGGAGAUCAUUCCCGCGUUGACUUGGAGGCGAUUA